AUGAUGUCGUCAUCGUCGGAUGCGGCCGUGGCUCUGGAGCUGCAGGAGUCCGAGUGGCAGGAGCUAUGGCGUGAGGCGCGCAAGCUGGAGGGCGACCUCAACGUGAAGCUCUCCUCCUACGUGCGCCUCGCCCGCAACGAGCUGGACGCCCUGGAUGUCGGGUUCCGCCACCUGGUCACGAGCAUCGGCGUCAUCGCCACGCUUGGCACCGGCCGCCCGUCCAUUGUCGCGCUCCGGGCCAACAUGGACGUGCUGCCCAUCCAGGAGCCCAAUUGA